AUGUUUUUCAUAGCCGCAGUCAUUUCUGUUUUUAUUAUUAUUUGUAUCUUAGAUAUUAUUACACCGCAUAAAUAUCCAAUAGGCCCUACAAGAGUUCCUUUACUUGGCAACUAUCUUGAAAUUCGAAAACUCAGGAACGAAUUAGGAUUCUAUCACUUGGUUUGGGAUCAUUUGGCCAAAUGUUACGGUCAAGUGUUUUCUGUUAAACUUGGUCGAAUAGAAGCAGUGGUUGUUUCUGGGUAUGAUGCAGUACGGCAAGUAUUGUGCAAAGAUGACUUUGAUGGCCGACCAGAUGGAUUUUUUUUCAGAUUCCGAGCUUUUUAUAAGAGAUUAGGCAUAGUAUUUGUGGAUGGACCAACGUGGACAGAACAAAGAAAAUUUUGCAUGCAACAUUUACGAAAGAUGGGGUUUGGUGGUGAUUUAAUGGAAAGAAUUAUAAUUGAAGAAGUUAACGAUCUUAUGUUAGAUAUAUCGAGAAAAUGUGAGAAUGGUAAACCAAUUGAAGUUUAUGGUUUAUUCGACGUAUCAGUUUUGAACGGUCUGUGGGCAAUGUUAGCCGGUCAUAGAUUUGCAUUAAAUGACUCUAGACUUGCAAGACUUAUGGAAUUAGUACACGUCAGUUUCAGAAUGUUAGAUAUGUCAGGAGGAAUAUUAAACCAGAUGCCAUUCAUUCGGUUUUUAGCACCUAAAUGUUCUGGAUACAAAUACCUCAAACAAAUAAUAAACGAGUUUUAUACGUUCUUAAAAGAAUCAGUUGAAGAACACAAAUGCAAAGCAAAUGAUCAGGAAGAUUUCAUAAGUGCAUUUUUAAAGGAAAUUGAAAAAAAUAAAGAAUCUCCGGGGUCGUUUUCAGAAGAACAGCUUCUUGUUAUUUUAUUGGAUUUAUUUUUAGCUGGCUCGGAAACUACAAGCAGUAUGUUAUCAUUCGUUAUUUUACAUCUCCUUAAACAUCAAGAUAUACAAGCCAAAGUACACGCAGAGUUAGAUGCGGUAGUCGGAGAUCGAGAAAUUCAUCUUGCAGAUAAAAACAGGUUGAAUUAUCUUGAAGCAGUAUUAAUGGAGGUUCAGAGACAUAGUAAUGUUGCGCCAUUAGCAAUCGCUCAUAGAACUAUUAGAAAAACCAGUCUACAAGAAUACAUAAUACCAAAAGAUACAUUAGUAUUGGCGAGUAUAUGGAGUGUUCAUAUGGAUGAACAGCAUUGGGGUGAUCCCAAAGUAUUUCGACCGGAAAGAUUUUUGGACAGUACAGGAAAAAUUAUAAAUGACAGUUGGUUUAUGCCGUUUGGCGUCGGUAGACGAAGGUGUUUAGGCGAGAUAUUGGCCAAGACCAAUAUAUUUAUGUUCAUCGCCAAAUUAAUUCAAAAUUUUGAGAUACGAAUACCGCGCGGAGCCCAAUUGCCAGAUACGCCUCAAGAAGGUGUCACUAUUUCUCCAUCUCCGUUUACUGCCAUUUUUAUACCAAGACGUUGUUUAAGUCAAUAAAAUAACGUUUGAUAACAGUUAAAAUUUGUACCACGGAUAAUUCACCAUCUUCAAAAAAAAAUCAACAAUACUUACUGUUAUACCUAUUAUUAUUAGGUAUAAGCCUAUAAUAAUAUGUAUCAUUACAAUUUACAAUACCUACAGUUAAAAUAUUAAAAUUAUCAUAACUUUUAAAAUAUAUCAUACCAUAUAGCCGUAUAGGUUAUUCAUGUAUUGUACAAUCCAGAUUCAUUAUUUUAUGAAGACACAAAUUUAGUUAUUUACAUACGCUAUGUACCUAAUAUUUUUUAUUUAAUUAAAAUAUUAAAAUGUAUAUGCUUAUUUAUUUUGUCAAUAAAAUUAAUAUAAGGAAGUAAGAGGGAUUAUAAUUAUUUGAAGCUAUGAAAGAAUGACUAAAUGAGGAAACCGGAAAAAUUAAUUAAGUUAUAAAAAACUGAUUAAAUAAUAGAGACU